AUGGCGUUCGCCAUGCGCUCCUCAGCGCUGUCCCGCCCUGCUUUCCAGGCUGUCAAGCCUGAUACCAGGCGUGCGGUUGUCAUGGCCGCCGGCCGCCGCAACGACGUCUCCGACUCGUACGCCAAGGCGCUGGUCGAGCUCUCCGAGGAGAAGGGGCGCCUCGAGCAGGUGCACGCCGACGUGGACGCCGUGGCCAGCCUGAUCAAGGAGAACUCCAAGCUGACCGACCUCCUGUACAACCCCGUGGUGGAGGGGGAUAAGAAGAAGGCCGUGCUCGCUAAGAUCAGCAAGGAGGCCGGCUUCCAGACGUACACCAGCAACUUCUUGAACGUGCUGGUGCAGAAGGACCGGCUCAACCUGCUGCCCGAGAUUGUGGAGUCUUUUGAGGAGCAGUACUGCGAGCUGACCGACACGCAGCCUCGGCCCCUGCACUCGUACUGA